GCAUGCAUACGUAACGGUGCUGUCCAUCUAUAAGACAUCGACGUUAUCGAGCCAAUCUUAAGUUUUUUUUUUUUGUUGAGGGAGGAGGAGAAGGCAGGAUGGCAGAAGCACAGCAGAUCCCUGCGCAAGGCCAAGCGGAUCUCCGGGGCUUCAGGCUGAUAAGCGGGCACACCAUUCCUUCAGUGGGGCUGGGUACCUGGAGGUCUGGUCCCAAGGCCUCUGAUGCCGUCUUCAUUGCCAUCACCGAGGCAGGAUACAGACAUGUUGAUACAGCGGCAGAAUAUGGAGUUCAAGAAGAGGUGGGACAUGGCCUCUCAGCUGCUAUGCAAGCAGGGAUAGACAGACAAGAUCUAUUCAUCGCAUCCAAGAUAUGGUGCUCAGAUUUGGCUCCUGACAGAGUCCGAACUGCACUAAAGACCACACUCCAGGAUUUACAACUUGAUUACCUGGAUCUCUAUCUGAUCCACUGGCCCUUUCGCUUGAAAGAAGGAGCACAUAAGCCACCAGAAGCAGGAGAAAUACUAGACUUUGACAUGGAAGCAGUGUGGAGAGAAAUGGAACAGCUGGUGAAAGAUGGACUUGUCAGGGAUAUUGGUGUCUGCAACUUCACACUCAAGAAGCUUGACAAGCUACUCCGAAUUGCACAAACCAUGCCCUCGGUGUGCCAGAUGGAGAUGCACCCAGGUUGGAGGAACGAUAAGAUGUUGGAGGCUUGUAAGAAAAAUGGGAUCCAUGUGACUGCUUACUCUCCACUUGGGUCUCAGGAUGGCGGCCGUGAUCUUAUACAUGAUCCAACUGUUACAGAGGUAGCCAACAAGCUUAACAAGACCCCAGGGCAAGUCCUUGUGAGAUGGGCACUCCAGAGGGGAACCAGUGUCAUACCCAAAUCAACAAAUUCUGAAAGGAUAAAGGAAAACAUCCAGGUUUUUGGAUGGGAAAUCCCUGAAGAGGAUUUCCGGGCUCUGAAUAGCAUCAGGGAUCAGAGGAGAGUCUUGGAUGGAGAAGAUAUAUUUGUGAACAAGAUCCAUGGUCCAUAUAGAUGUGCAGCGGACCUGUGGGACAACGAGGACUAGCUUGCUCGCUUGGUUUUCUUAAGACCGUACCUCGAGAGUAAAGUGCAGUGUGUGUAGUUGUAUGACUUCUACUUUACUUGGUUUUCUUAAGAUCGUACCUAAAGAAUAAAAUGCAAAGUGUGCUGUAGUUGUAUGACUUCUGCUCUACAAAAUGUUAUAGUUUCGUUCAGAGUUUUUGGCUU